GGUUAAGUCAGUAUUUAUUUUGCUAAUCUCUGUGGCUGGAAUAGAUUAAAAUGUAAAUUCUUUUACAUUUUUCCAAUUAAAAAUGUGUAACAAUGAACCAGGUUACUAUCAAAUUUAAAUACAUCAUUGUCGCCUGUACAUUUUUGCUAGUAUUGUUUAUUAUAUUAUUAAAAAAUCUCACCGCUGAUGAACAAAAUGACAACGAAACCACCAAAACGACGGAAAAAUGGAAAUUUCCCGAGGACCUGGAUCACGCAAAUUAUUUGCUGAACGAGGCCUACAGGAAAAUCGAGGUUCUGGAAGAGAAAAUCAUUUCGUUGGAGGGCAGAGUGCCCAAGACUUAUCCAGAUGUUAAUUUUUUGAAUUAUCUCAAUAGGAAAAGGAUAUUGAUUACAGGCGGUGCAGGUUUCGUAGGCUCCCACUUGGUCGACAGCCUGAUGCUGGAAGGCCACGAAGUUAUCGUUGUCGACAACUUUUUUACCGGCCGAAAACGCAACGUCGAACACUGGCUCGGCCACGAAAAUUUCGAAUUGAUCCAUCACGACAUCGUCAACCCUUUAUUCAUUGAAGUGGACGAAAUCUAUCAUUUGGCUAGUCCGGCUAGUCCACCCCAUUACAUGCACAACCCAGUCAAGACUAUUAAGACAAAUACUUUAGGGACUAUUAAUAUAUUAGGUUUAGCUAGAAGAUUAAAUGCCAAAAUUCUAAUAGCGAGUACAUCGGAAGUUUACGGUGAUCCUGAUAUUCAUCCUCAGCCUGAGACUUAUUGGGGACAUGUGAAUCCCAUAGGUCCUAGAGCUUGCUACGAUGAAGGUAAAAGGGUCUCGGAAACCCUAACUUACGCCUACGCAAAGCAAGAAAGCAUGCAAGUGAGGGUGGCUAGGAUUUUCAACACUUACGGCCCCAGAAUGCACUUGAAUGAUGGAAGAGUGGUUUCAAACUUUAUUUUGCAGGCCUUACAAAAUGACGUUAUAACUGUUUACGGGUCUGGUGACCAAACAAGGUCCUUCCAAUACGUUUCGGAUUUGGUCGAAGGUAUGGUAGCGCUUAUGAAUUCGAAUUACUCGUUACCAGUGAAUUUGGGCAACCCUGUUGAGCAUACCAUUACUGAAUUUGCUUCAAUAAUCAAAAACCUAGUGGGAGGGCACAGUAAAGUUGUACAUGUAAGCGAAGUCGAGGAUGAUCCUCAACGCCGAAGGCCGGACAUUGGAAGGGCCAAACAGUACCUCAACUGGGAACCAAAGGUUGAUUUGAAUACUGGUCUUCACAAGACUGUUGAAUAUUUCAGACAAGAACUGAAAAGAUUCAAAUACUCGCAUAGGAACAAAUUCAAGAUCAAAAAACCCAGCUAGUGAUUGUACAUUGUUGUAGAUAAGAUGAUUUUGUUUUUUAUAACUUUGUUAUUGUUGUUUUGUUACUUUGUCUUGACUUAGUAAUAUUUAACAAGAAAGGUUUGUUCCUAUUUUUAAGUUUUACAAACAUGUGAUAACAUUUUGAUUCGGGGAUGUGUGUCUAUUAGAAAAUAAAUGUUUUUUUUUUUGGAAAAAAAGUUCCAGAUAUUAUUGAGGUAAAUGUGUUCUUUAUUACACGAAGUUUGUGUGUUUUUUUUUGUAUAAUAAUUUUUAGUGUAAAUAAUCUUGUAUUUAAUUGUCUAUACACUUGUUAAUACUUUACAAUAAAU